AUGACCGACAUGGGGUCCUGGAUAUCCUCGAUACUGGUGAACGUUCCGCCACGCCUAUUCGAUGCUUGGACGCCAUCAUGGACUAUCGAUCGGCUCCAGGCUUCGAGAAAUCCGGAAAUCAUCCUCGCCUCGCUCCCCCGGCUGUUCAUGUCGCCAGCAGCUGAUAGAGGGGGUGCGACCCGUUCGCCGCGCGGACCGCCGCGGGUUCAGAUGACUGGAAAACCGAAACGGGAAUUUCGUGGUCUUCCGGUGGGCGUACGGAGCACAACAGUCGCAGCAGGCGAAGGACACGUUUGA